GUCAUGCCGAGGAAGACACUUCUCUCCGAGUCUUAGUCUGCCCGCCUGUGAAAUGGGCUCAUAACAAACCCCUGACCCCAGGCUCGGUCGCCUUGAGUCCAAGACCUCACCCAAUCCCCCUCACCCCCCGGGCCCCCAGGAGGCGCGGGGACUCGGGGAGGGGGCGGCCCCUUCCUCGGGAGGCGCCCAGGUGGCACGUCGGUGCCUCAGCUCCAGGGGUCUCUGGUCUCCACGCUGCCCAUGGGAUGCAGAGGGGCCUCUGGAGGGGGCGGGUUCUCUCGAGCCAGAAAGCCCGGAGCCGCCCAGGAAUUUUGGCUCGAACUGAGAGCACUUCCUCCCGGGCCGGCCGGGCGCGAUCCGGGAAGGGCGGCUGCGGGCAGACGCGGCGCUGCGCUCGGCCGGGCCGGCACCAUGCGGCCCCUGCUCUGCGCGCUGACCGGGCUGGCCCUGCUCCGCGCCGCGGGCUCUUUGGCCGCUGCAGAACCCUUCAGCCCUCCACGAGGAGAUUCAGCUCAGAGCACAGUGUGUGACAGACAUAUGGCUGUGCAACGCCGUCUAGAUGUCAUGGAGGAGAUGGUAGAGAAGACCGUGGAUCACCUGGGGACAGAGGUGAAAGGCCUGCUGGGCCUGCUGGAGGAGCUGGCCUGGAACCUGCCCCCGGGACCCUUCAGCCCCGCUCCCGACCUCCUCGGAGAAGAUGGCUUCUGAGCCCCGGAGCUGGAGCCCAGCAGCUGGAGGUGGUGCACCUGCCAGGCAGCACCCACAGAGCCAGCCCUGUCCUCUCGCCGUCCUUCCUCAGCUUCAUGUGAAAUUAAAACUAUUCUUUUGGUCUCCUCUGUGUCUGCUGACAGAGUAACCCGUUUAACUAUAGCCCCCUCUCCCUCCACUUUCAUGCCUGGAGGAGGCCUGCAACCCCCUUCAGGCUCAGACCUGGGGACACGCCCACACCCGCCAUCUUUGCUUUAGCCCUCCUUAUUUACAGAGGCAGAUGGAGCAGGGGUUGACUCACACAGGUGGGGGCCCUUCGAGUGGCCUUGCUUCUCAAAAUGUGGCCAUAGGUGAGAAGCAAGGGGAUCAGGGUCUCAGGACCCACCCAGACUCCCAAAUCUGCAUUACAAUGAGACCCCCAGGGAAUUUAUGUGUCCGUUAAAGUGGUUUGUUAUUGGUUUU